AGGUUACACCGCACUUUUCCCCAGCCUCGUGAAAAUACCUUGGUUUCAUCAAUAUAAAGGCGAGCUCUCAAGCGCAGAAUGUAAACAAAUAAACAGACUCUUAUCAGGCCACUGUUUUGAUAAAGCAACACUAGCCAAAAUGAAGGUGAUAAACUGCAACACAUGUGACGCAUGUGAAGUGGUGGAAAACGCCUCGCAUAUAAUCUUCAGCUGUAUAAAAUAUACCACUACAAGACAGCAAUUCCCAACACUGCUAAAGUACAACAGCAUUUAUAACUUUUUUGCUAACGAAAAUACCAGCUCAUACAAAUCAAUCACACAAUUUCUAAACACAAUUAAGUCUAAUAUUUAAAUGCUAACAUCGCACUAAAAACACAAUUGGUGAUGGCGUUUUCCUCGUAACCAACGUGGACGGCCAAAUAAUUCUUUGCAUUAAACUGUGCAAAGUAACCUAAAUCAAAAAAAAAAAAAAAAAAAUAAAAGCUACAAAAUGGACGUUCGCCCCAAUCAAACUAUCUACAUUAACAACCUGAACGAAAAGAUCAAGAAGGAGGAGUUAAAGAAAUCGCUUUACGCUAUUUUCUCUCAGUUUGGCCAAAUUCUAGACAUUGUUGCAAUGAAAACACUGAAAAUGCGCGGUCAGGCAUUUGUCGUAUUCAAGGAGAUAGGCAGCGCCUCCAACGCCUUGCGCACCAUGCAAGGAUUUCCUUUCUAUGACAAACCAAUGCGCAUUGCCUAUGCCAAAUCGGACUCGGAUAUUGUGGCCAAGCUGAAGGGUACAUUCAAGGAGCGUCCAAAGAAGGUGAAACCACCUAAGCCGGCUCCAGGCGCCGACGAAAAGAAAGAUAAAAAGAAGAAGCCCAGCAGUGCCGAAAACGCCAACCCCAAUACACAAACGGAACAGCCACCAAAUCAAAUUCUUUUCCUCACCAAUUUGCCCGAGGAGACUAACGAAAUGAUGCUGUCUAUGCUGUUCAACCAGUUUCCUGGCUUCAAAGAAGUGCGUUUGGUGCCUAAUCGUCACGAUAUUGCCUUCGUCGAGUUCACCACCGAACUGCAGAGUAAUGCAGCCAAGGAGGCGUUGCAAGGCUUCAAAAUAACGCCCACACAUGCUAUGAAGAUUACGUUCGCCAAGAAGUAAACGGACAUAAUAGAAUACGAUUAAUUACAUACAGAUAUGUAGAAAAUACUAUCCGCGCACCAUUCAAAGCUUUAUUUUGAAUAUGCAGGGUCCUUUUUUUUAACUGCGCUAAAUAUAAAUAGAAAUAAACUCUAAAUGCUACAAAGAAA